AUGUCGGUAAACAGGACUGCAACAAUGAAUGGAACUCAAACUUCGAGCUGCUUCAACCAUGAAGCUAAAAGAAUCGGAAUUUCCUUUUAUUACUGCCUGAUUUUUGUUCUGGCACUGAUGGGAAACAUUUUCAUUGGAAUUAUAGUCUACAGGACGAGAUCCAUGCGAAAACCAAUCAACUUUUUAAUUGUAAACAUAGCCAUGUCAGAUCUGUUGUUUCCGAUUCUCUGUUUUCCAUACAUUGUAGCAGAAAUUAACUUCAGCUACUGGUUGUUAGGUGGUCCUGUAGGACAAGCUUUGUGUAAGCUACAUGACUUCCUCGUAUAUGUCUCUGCUUCCGUGUCGACUCAGAGUCUGGUUCUUAUAGCAGUGGAUCGAUUUGGAGCUGUAGUUUUUCCUCUCCAUUCUCCACUGAUCAGUUCAAAGCAGUGCCGGUUCUUUAUUCUCACCACUUGGAUCAUUGCGGUUGCUGCUUAUAUCCCAAAGGCGAUGGCCUUCCAACUUGUUGAGUAUCAGGAAGGGCUGGUAUGUGUGCCCAAGUGGAAUGAAGUAUUUGGAGAGUCACUGAGUCACCGAAACUACGUAUUUUCAAUGCUUGUAAUAUUCUGGUAUGUCCCUUUGGUUUUGAUUGCCAUACUUUACAUGACCGUUGUUAUUAAACUAAAAUCUCAGAAUAUUCCGGGCGAGGGAUCGGCCAACGGAAGAGAACAACAGUCGCGCAGACAGAAAAAUGUGCUGAAGAUGUCAAUUGCCAUCGUGGUAACGUUCAUAAUAUGCUGGCUGCCCGGUACUAUCCGGUGGUUCCUUGUCUCCUACCAACCAGACAGCACUAUGACGGCAUCUUGCGGCUUUCAAUAUUUCGCACUUAUUGCCUCCUGUCUGGCUCAUUUUAACAGUGCUAUAAACCCUUGCAUCUCUUUUAUUUUCAGUGGAAACUAUCACCAAGGUCUUAAAAAUCUCUCGAGGUGCUGCUUUGUAUGCAUUGUAUUUAAGUGA